CUGUAAAUAGGAGGAACAACCUUGCUCAAACGGCACUUACAGGUGGGUGACUGCUUUUGCUAAGUCAUCCUGGGGAUGCUCAAAGCCCCACUGUGAGAUUCUUCCUCGCUCCUCCUUCCUCAUUCCCACUUUAAUAGACCCUCAGGUACGCUCAUACCACUCUGCCACUCACUCUGCACUUCCACCAUGGCUUACAUUGCCAAGUCCUUCUACGACCUCAGUGCUAUCAGCCUGGACGGGGAGAAGGUAGAUUUCAACACAUUCCGAGGCAGGGCAGUGCUGAUUGAGAAUGUGGCCUCGCUCUGAGGCACAACCACCCGGGACUACACCCAACUCAACGAGCUGCAAUGCCGCUUUCCCAGGCGCCUGGUGGUUCUUGGCUUCCCUUGCAACCAAUUUGGACAUCAGGAGAACUGUCAGAAUGAGGAGAUCCUGAACAGCCUCAAGUACGUCCGCCCUGGGGGUGGAUUCCAGCCCACUUUUACCCUUAUCCAGAAGUGUGACGUGAAUGGUCAGAACGAGCAUCCUGUCUUCGCCUACCUGAAGGACAAGCUGCCCUACCCUUAUGACGACCCGUUUUCCCUCAUGACUGAUCCCAAGUUCAUCAUCUGGAGCCCUGUGCGCCGCUCAGAUGUGUCCUGGAACUUUGAGAAGUUCCUCAUCGGGCCAGAGGGGGAGCCCUUCCGACGCUACAGCCGCACCUUCCCAACCAUCAACAUCGAGCCUGACAUCAAGCGCCUCCUCAAAGUUGCCAUAUAAACACUGGCCGCUCAGCACACAGAUCUCCUACUUCCUCCUGCCCCUGAGUAUCCAUCCUUAGCAUUCAGUCUGCCCUCAGGACACUGAGCUGGACCCAGGCUUUCCCUUGAGAUCCGUCCCCUUCAUCAAAGAACCUUGCCUUUCUGGUCUGUUUCCUUCCCAUCCCUCCAACCUUCUUGUUGGUGAUUCAACCCGGGGACUCUGAGACCUGGGUGGGCUCUGGGCCGUCACAGAAUGAUGGCACCUUCCUAAAUCCAUAUGGGAGGUGUUUGAGAAGUGUGAGGGGCUUGGAGCCAGCCUGCCGGCUGAGUCCAAUAAAGGGUGGGUGUGGAAA